UGCGGCAGGGCUUCUCCAGGCAUCCUCCUCGCCCAGCUCUCAGUUGCCACACCGUCCGACCGUGGAGCAGCCAGGCAUUCCCCAGCUCGCCAGGGGUGAUUCUGGAUCCAUCUCAUCUCUAGUGCAGGUGUCAAGAGAGGACUGUACGAUGACAGACAGGACACCCGUCCACAUUCUGUAGCCACCUCAUAAGCAAGGCCUUUUGCAACAGGCAGUUCCGAGCUGGAGGAGAGCGGCCCUAGCCUGGCCUCGGGGAAGACACAAGCAAGCAGCUCCGUCCCAGGCACGGGGAUUUCGGGGAACCGGGGAGCAGGUGCAGCAGCCCCGGUGGCCACCACGCCCCUUCGCAUAGCCAGGGCAAGCCGGCGCAGGCCGACGCAGCGUUGUCCCGGCGCCUGCCUCGUCCACCAGCCGGAGCCAAGGAGGAAACGUCUGGCCACAGGAAGCCCUCGCGGAGGCUCGAGUGCCUUGGCCCAAAGGUCAGCAGCAGCAGCAACACAACAGGAAGCCGGCAGCGCUGGUGUGGGGGACGGCGGAGGACGCAGGGAGCCGUGCCGAGCCCGCAGGUCCCCUCGGCCCGCGUCCCUCUCGGAGCACCCCGGGUCCCGCCUCAGCAGCACGCCAGCCGCUUCCCAUGGAAGCCCACCGGGAGCCUGAGAGGAGCAGCUGCUGUCUCCCAGCAGGAAAAUGCGGUGGUGAUCCGAGGGCCAGCUGGGCAUGGAGCUGAACCGUCUGCUGCUUCUCACUCUGCUCCUGCUCCACAUGAAACAGUCCCGGACGAUUCCCACGCGGAUGCUGUGCGACAGGCGGGUGAUCCAGAAAUACAUCAGCGAAGCCGUGGAAAUGGCGGAACAGGUGAGCCACUGCGAGGCGCUUCCCUUGCUCCGGCAGCCCGUGCUCCUAGCCCUGGUGGGAGUCAACCUCGGAGACUGGAGGCAGAAGACAACUCAGGCCAAAGUGCAGGAGAUACUGCGUGACCUGGGAACGCUGGUGGACAGUGCAGCCGCCGCCCAACGAGAGCUGGGGCAGGGAUGCGUCUCUCUGCUUCUGCAGCGGCUUUACGAGAAAGCCAGCACCUUUGCUCUGCACCUACAAAGCUUUGGGGGGCAGGAACAGGUUGCAAACGGGCCGCUGGAGGAAGCGCCCCAAUUAAUUCCAGAGAGAAACCUUCGGACCAUCUUUGAGACCUACAAACAACUUGUCCGAGGAAAACUGCACCUCCUCUUUGCUGACUUGCAGAGCGACUCUUGCGGAGAGCCAAAACUCCUCCCGUUUGCGAUGAAACUGGGCAAGGUGGUGGUGGGGUUUGCAGUGGAUGAAGAGAACAUCCAUCUCCUGAAGAAAACAUGUUAG